AUGCAAGCGGAAGACAAUCGAUGGCGCACACUAACCGCUAUCAGCUGCUGGGGAUAUCGAUUCGAAUGGACGCCUGAACAUCUUACACCGGAGCAAAUGAAGCCUAUGAAGUUUUCGUACGAUGUACUAGCAGAGGAAUGUCUUGAUCGUUUGAACGCCAUCUCGCCACCGCACAAGGGUGCUCUGCCAAGGAACGAUAGCAACCGCGCCGCGCUAUCAUCAGUUCCGGGCACCGAAGAAGAGAAAAAAGAGCCAUUGCCGGUACCCAAGAGGGAUCUAUACGCUUUACUGGAAGAAAAUCACGACUCUGAUCCUAAGCUUGCGGAACUGUGGCGCGAAGUGCAUACGGUGCCGGAUUGGGUGGAUUGGGACCAGAUCGCCAGAGGACAGGAUGUGUUCUAUCGCUAUGGAGGACCCGCUUUGACAGGUCUCACUUUUCAGUCACUCUUAGGUGGCAUGGGCGCUGCGCGGGUGGUGGAGACAUUAGCGAGAACUGGAGGCUUCAGCACAAAGGUAGCAAGAGGCAGACUCUUUGAAACUACACAGCACAUCCUCCAAUGCACACGAACACUGGAUGGACUUAAACCAGGUGGAGAAGGUUUCGCCUCAUCGAUACGCGUCCGCUUCCUACAUGCCGCGGUCCGGCAGCGCAUUAUAAAACUCGCAAACGAACGCCCAAGCUACUUCAACGUGGAAGAAUGGGGAAUACCAAUCAAUGACCUGGACCAAAUAGCCACAAUCGGAACUUUCUCAUCAACUCUGAUCUAUCUCAGCUUCCCCCGCCAAGGCAUCUUCCUCCGCAAACAAGAAAUCGACGACUACCUAGCCUUAUGGCGCUACAUCGGCUACUUAAUGGGCACACCCGACGAGUGGCUAUCCACCCCAACGAAAGCCAAAGCGAUCAUGGAAUCGCUCCUCUACCACGAAGUCGACCCCUCCGAAAUGUCUAAAACAAUGGCCAACAACAUCAUUUAUGCACUCAAAGAAGAGCCCCCGACCUUCUCAUCGGCCGACAUGCUAACCGCCAGCGCCCGCUGGCUAAAUGGCAACGCGCUCUGCGACCGCCUCGGUUUAAAACGCGUUUCCGCAUACUACUGGUCCCUCAUGGCAGGCCAAUGUCUCUUCUUCAUCUUUUACUGCUACACAUACCGCCUGUUUCCCAAUGCAGAUCGCAGGAGGAUCGACCGCGCGAAAGAGAUCUUCUGGACGCUGAUAGUGAAGGCGAAGUGGGGGCUGGCGGGGACGGAAACAUCGUUUGACUUCAAGUACGUGCCGCAGUAUGAUACGUUGACGCAUUUGGGGAAUAUCGGGGAGAGAAAGAAAGUGGCGUUGAGCAAUGAGAUGAGGAAUUUGAAGGCGUUGGGGAUUGGAGUGGGGGUUUUGGCGGUGGGGACAUUGGUUGCGGUUAAAAUUGCGGUGCGCGUCGUUGGGAGACUGUGGUAG